ACAAACAUGGCCUCGGUGUGAGACGGACUGACCCUUCGCUGAGAUGAGUUUUAUGUGAAAAGCCCUCGUUCUUUCAACGACUUUUACCUUCCGUUCGCUGAAGGUAGUGGAUUAGUGCUAGUGGAUACCGAAGGUGCUGUGUGGAAGUGCGAUUAAGGCGUCGGUCGAGGGAAAAACGCGCUCGAAAUACCAUAUGCCAGUGGAGAGGUUCUUCUCCCUUCGGAGUGGUGUGUGUGUGUGUGUCGUCAGUGUCUCUCUCGCGAUCUUCCUCGUAGUGUGCCGUAGUUAGUAGUCAGUCAGUCAUGUUGCAUUGAUGUGAAGAAGCUUCCUUCAGCCUUCGCCAAGUGCUGAAUUGAAUCAUCCAGAUUGCUAGUGCUCUCUCCUCUGUCUCUCUCUCUCUCUCUCUCCAUCUUUCCCUUUCUCUCUGUCGGAUUUCAGGCCGCAAAGCCCCGACACCGCCGCCCCUCUCUUGAAGCGAAACGGGUCAGGAAGGAAGGAAGGAAGGACCAGGAUGGUUAUAAUACCGGGAGGUGGUAUUGGGGAUUUCGUCCCCGUCGGCUCCUCUCAUUUUUAAAUAUCCCGUUUUGAUUCCUAGCCCCCUAUCACAUCCAUAACCCUCUCACGGAGAGACACAGUUCGCAGGUCACAAUUAGACCGGUCACUCAAGAAUUGCAACAAAUUGCAACACAAACCUCGUCUAGAGGAGAAUUUUCCAAUUUCGAAUUUGAGUUUCGGAAGGACACCACCCCCCGCCCCCCAACCAUGGAAGACACCAGCGAGGUGCUAGUGUGUGCUGCCGAAUAUAUGAAAGAUCGCCUCUACUUCGUAACUCUGAGGACUUCGGGAAGGCCUCGGUCCACGGCGAAUACCCACUACUUCUCUAUUGACGAAGAGUUGGUGUAUGAGAAUUUCUACGCCGAUUUCGGACCGCUGAAUUUGGCUAUGCUCUAUAGGUACUGCCAGAAGCUCAACAAGAAACUAAAGAGCCUGUCUUUAGCCAAGAAGAAAAUCGUCCAUUACACGACGCUCGACCCCCAGAAGAGAGCUAAUGCGGCCUUCCUGAUCGCCUCCUAUUCUAUUAUAUAUUUAAAGAAGACUCCAGAGGAAGCGUAUAAACCUUUGAUUAGUGGUAACAGUCCACCAUUUUGCCCCUUCCGAGAUGCAGCGUAUGGUAUGUCCACAUACCAUCUAACCUUGCUGGACUGUCUUCAUGCAAUUGACAAGGCAUAUAAAUUGGGCUUUUUCAACUUUGAGGACUUUGAUGUGGAGGAAUAUGAAUAUUAUGAGAAGGUACAAAACGGUGACUUCAAUUGGAUCAUGCCUGGGAAGUUCUUAGCCUUUUGUGGACCGCACGCCGAGAGCAAAGUGAAGAAUGGGUACACACUCCACUCACCAGAAACAUACUUCAGCUACUUCCGAAAGCACAAUGUGACUGCCGUGGUCAGGCUAAAUAAGAAAAUAUAUGACGCAGCUCGUUUCAAGAAUGCAGGAUUUGACCAUUAUGACAUGUACUUCAUAGACGGAUCGUGUCCUUCAGAUGAAAUCAUGAGAGAAUUCCUGAGAGUGUGUGAAAAUACUGAAGGAGCUCUUGCUGUCCAUUGUAAAGCUGGUCUUGGUCGCACUGGAUCACUUAUUGGAUGUUACAUGAUGAAGCAUUUUCGCUUCACGGCUGCAGAAGUAAUAGCAUGGCUGCGCAUUUGUCGACCAGGUUCCAUUAUUGGUGGCCAGCAGCAGUGGCUCACUUCGAAGCAAUCAUCUUUGUGGCUUGAAGGUGAUAUUUUCCGUAGUCGCAACAAAAAUCAAAACCUCAACAAGAAAUGUGAAUUUGGAAUCUACAGCAUUGCUUGGAGAAAUCACAUCACCAACAUAAAUAAUCAAAACAAAAAUAAUUUGAACCAUAACAAGAAAAAACUGGUCAAUAGUUCAUCAGAUGAGGAACCUGAGCGGGAAGAGAAUGUACAGGUAGUGUUGAGUGGGGUGGACACCUUGAAGCUAGAUGACCACUCGUCUCACACGGAUAACCAUGAUAGGUACAUAGAGGAUGUUGCGAAUAGUAAUGCCAACAUAAAAGAAUCAGAGACAAGGCUAAUCAAUGGCCUUUCUCAAGGUGACCGUCUAAACCAGCUGAAAGCCUCAAGAUCUCACACAAGAUCUGCCACAACUGGACGCGUACACCUUGAGGACAAAGCUCAUGUUCGCACCAAAUCCACCCCACUGGGGGGCACUGUCUCCAGUGGCAGUAACGGGGGAGGACGAGAGGCUGUGCUUUCACCCCUAAAGGCCGCCAAAGUCUCGGCACUUACUGCCGCUCACCGAGACACUGCACGUAGACCUAUUCGCACCACCACCACAGCCACAACUAAGAGCCGAGGGACCUCAAGCACACUCUCCGGCCGUUCCACGAAAGCUGCCCUUGUCAGAUGACUACCAACACUGCCCACCAAAAACAAGACCGUUAAAAGCACCGAAGUUUCGCCACCUUCAUCAUCACCAACAUCAUCCAACACAGAUGCAACAAGUGACACUCCUACCAGCAAGAAUUCUCUCAAGAAAUCGCGAAGCUCUUCCAUCAGCAAGCUUAGCACCGCCAAGAACUCCUCCACCAACUCCAACUCAUCCAGCCAGUCGCAAAUUACCGCCUCCCAUGCCAAUCAUGAUAAAGAGUCGGAUUCCCUACUCAGCUCCAGCAACAAAGAGGAUCAAGUCUUGUCCGGCUCUUCCUCUGCCGAGGGAAAAAAUUCAUCCUCGGAAUGCAGGAACACUACCAAGGCUCCCAAAGGUUCUUCCAAGUCUUGGUCAUUUGAAGUUGUGUCGGAAAGUAAGUCUAGAGGGGAGGGUAAAAUGUCAAGAUCUGCUCCCCCAGAGUUGAGGAAAACCACCUCUACUGAAAGCAAAGUCAGCAAGAGUGCCAGUGUAACUAGCUCAAGGCGGUCUAGUCGUGGCACAAGUCGAGGCGACCAUGUUGGCAAAAAAAUUGGUGGGCUUAAGAAAAGAUCACAUAGUCCUUCUAACAGAGAGCCUGGAAGAAGUUUAAAGACACGUAAGUCAAGAAGUAGAGUUACUAGUCCAGAACCCAUCCUGAGCGAUACUUCAGAGAGGAGCAAAACUGAAAGAAACAAGGAUACAAGUCAUAGUAAGAAAAAGGCCUCACAGAAACAAAUUACAGAGUAUUAUACAAUAAAAAAGGAAAAAAGCGUGUACAAAGUGAUCCGAACCCUUCCUGAUGAUCCACCUUGUGAUCGUAACUCACACUCACGAAGUGGAUGGGAGGAAGAAAGUAAACGAAUGACUGGUGUAGGUGCUGUGACCACUCGCCGAUCUCGUCAUAUUCCUGAUGAAUAAAGCCAGUCUGUUUAUUGUAAAUGUGGAAUGUUGACUAAUUUUAUAAUAUACAGUAACUGUACAAAUUAUUUUACAUAGAAGUGAUUUGUUAAGCAGGGUUUCUAUAUUGUGUCAGAAAUUAUGGUUUUGUGGAAUGGAAUGCUUUUUAUAGAAAUUGUGGUCAAAUUUAGUUUUUAUUUUAUGUAUUGUACUUACAGUAACUAGUAGAUAUAAGAGGCUAACUUGUGUGCCUGAUUUAUAAUAGAUAAAAGUGUUGUGCCAUUUUCUUAUUGGUGUACAAAUUACUUAUAGGUUAAAAACAAUAGAGAUGAACGGUUUUAAAUGUCAUCCAUCAUGAGAACUUUUUUAUUUUCUCAAGUUUCCUUGUAAUUGAUAUCAUUACACUUUAUUUCCCAAUGUUUGUAAAAUUGGAAACUUCCCGGUGAGAUGGGAAUUGUUUAAAAUGAACGUAAGGGAUUAUGUUUAUUGCUGUUGGCUGUAGGUGAUGCACACUAAAUAGACCCCCCUCUAUAUAGUUUUAUGCUAAAAUUUUAAUUGGCUUUGCUUACAAGAGAUUAUUCUUUGGUUAUUUUGCUUGACUGCAAUAUGGUUUUGCAGCAUUGUCUCUGCAAGUAAAGCAGCAGUGUCAUGAAUUUUUUCCUAUAAGAUUUUCUUACUGGAUUUUACCUUCAUUUGAAUCCACUUUUACAUAAUUUGAUUUUAUUGAAUUUAAUCUUAAGUAAAAAAAAAAAAAGCACUAUUAUACGGAUGGAAAUUUACUUCUGUUUAGUAUUUUUCAAAAAUCCAUUUAAUCAAGGAGUUAGGAUCAGGUAUGUUUUUUCAAAAGGUGCUGAAAUUUUAGAAAACAUUUCUUAAAUAUUUUAUAUAGUUAUAAUUUAGUAUUCCAUGAAAUUGCAGAAGCAUCAUGGAAAAGUUAAGCUUAAUUCUCUGUUGGGGAAUAGAAACAAUUUCAUUAAAAAUAAAAUAUUGUCAACAAUUACCAUGGUUUUGAAUUUUAUAGGGAAAUUUAACUUCUUGGGUGAACAUUGUUUUUUGGGAUUUCAGGCAAAAUUUCAGUUUUCCAACAUAAUCCCAGAAAGUAACUUAAUAAUUGGUAACUCAAUUUCUUUUCAGGCAAACCUGGUUACCAUCAUUAACUGAAAAAUUGUAUAGUGAUGAUGCAUAACUCAUGAAGAGACUUAUCUUGCAAUUAUUUUCUAUUUUUUGCACUGUUAAAAUCUAAAAUGUACAUUUUCAAAAGGUAAAUCAUCAGUGGAUGGACACAACAUAAGGAACUUCAUUAAAACAUAAUAAUUAAUGAAAAGGUAGUGUAAAUUGGGGUUCUGCAGACUGAUAGAACUCUGAUCCCUGCUGGUGAUGCAUAUAUGGAUAUAUCUAUAGUAAAUAUACGUGUAUACAUUAUAUAUUUUUCUUAGAGUAGCGAUGUAGUAAAUUAUAGAUUAUGAACCAUCCAAUAUUUUUCUCAUAAAAGAAAAAUAAAAAAAAAAUUGCGCUGAUGUUACCCGAAUACACACCAUUUUAUAUAAAAAAAAAGUAGAUUUACAGUGCUCUAGAACUGUAUGACUAUUCACAAGGUUUGUGUAAAUAUUAUCAUUGAUUAUCAUAGUGGCUGCUGGGCUACAAAUGACUGUCAGCAUGUGAAGCUGAAAUGCACAAUUCAGAGUAAAUCAAUUUUAAUAUAACAAAACUGCUCACAAUAUGGCCUUAAAAAUUUUGAUUUAGUUAAGUAUUAGAUAAUAAAAACACACAAAGUUGCUAUAUCUUGGUCAGUUUCAACAUUAGCAUUUAUAUCAUGAGUAUGAAAGAUUCUAGGAAGAAAUCUUAUACACUAAUUCUCAAGUUUAGUCAAUUUUAAUUUUCACAUUCCUCAAGCUAUUGCAAAUGGUAUGGUAAUUUAGAACACUGUAAACCUAUGUCUAAAUUUGUCGUUUAUACAUGCCUAUCCUUUACUGCAAUGUUUAAGACUGAUGAAAAUCAUACAAAAAUUUUCAGUCAAGAUUUAAUUCAUGUAAAUAUUACACAGUGUAUUGUAUUUGGCAAUAUGUAAAGUGAAUAUUGAAGAACAUGAUUUUUUUAAUUACGUAUACUUGAAAUCUCUAAGCUCAGCAAUACAGUUUCACAAUAUAUUUGUAUGAUUAGGUACAAGAGAAAUGGCAGUUGCUUUAAUUAAAGGGGUUACUGGUAUACAGAUUUACUAGAGAAGGUAGUAAAUAAAAUUUUUAAUAAUCCAAAACAAUACUUAAGGGCCUUUGUAAACAUCAUGUUGGUAGCCUGAAUAUUAAAUGAUUUUUGCAUCUGUACAUGCUGCUUUGAGAAUGAAAAGCAAUAAUUAAAACUACUUAAACUGUAAAUGAUCUUACCAGAAUGAACAAAUGAUACUUGGGGACGAAAUGUUCAGGUACAGUACUGGAAUAACUUACUAUAAGUGUAAAGUCUUUGAAAGCACAGAAAUUCAAAUCAGGUUGAGGAUAGUUUUGAAUUUUUUUUCCAAUUUCUUAUAUUCUAUACUUGCUUUGGAUCUAAGAAAAUGGGCAGCCUGAUAUGACCCAUUUGAGAAUGUUACAGAACUUCAGGCUGGAAAUUACACAUUACCAUCACAAUACUCUCCAGCUAUUCAUUCCAGGUUGAACUUUGGUACUGAUAUAUAAAAUGUGGCACAAAUUACUUUUUUACAAUUACAAAUACUUCCAUAUAUUUUACACUUGAAAUUUUUAUUGGAUAAACAACUGUUAUGAUUCAUAGAGAAAAACAAGGAAAGGUAGGUUUCUAAGUACUGGGCAUCAGCAGCUUCUAUUUUUAUAGCUUUAUUUCUUGUAAAUAAGAAGGUUAUAGUACAUCAAAUGUUAUAACUGUGGCAACUUGGAAGACUGCUGGUGACAUACAUUUCCAUACCUUUCAUUGUCAAAAUAUUGUAUACUUGCAAUGUAUGGGAACUAAACAUGGUAAACUAUUUGUUUUUAGGUAAUUGGUUUAUUUAUUUCAGUUCUUGACUUAAUGGAGGGUAUUAUUUUUUGGUAAGGUUUUUCUUUUGCUUUGGGAAUAAAAAGCCUGGCUUAUUCAUUCUAGUGAAACUGAUGUCAUUUUUUUUUUUAUUAACAUUUGAGUAAACCAAAUAGUUUUCCCACGUACGUAAAAUGUGAAAGUGUUCUUAGAAUAAAAGUGUCAAGACAUUGGUAUGGCUUCUAAUAGAAUGUAGUUUAUGAUUAAUGUUAAAUGAUUUUUUAUUUUCAUUUUUUAAUAACAAUUUGCUUUUGGGAACUGAACUAUUUUUCUAACCCUGUUUGUUAUGCAAUAGAAGUUUGUAGUGUCUUAUUUGAGGAAAAUAUAGACUAAGAGGAGUA